AUGAGCGGCACGGAGAGCAUCUUACUGGCGGUGGCGCACGAGCACUCGAAACAGUUUGCGGAGGGUACGAUCAAGUCGCCAUGGGACUAUUUCGAGUACAGUGUCAAGUUGGCGCUAGCUCGCUGGACGGCGCUGCGUAUGGCCGUCGAAGGUGAAUGGGGUGGAGGUGACACUCGCCGCAAGUACGAGAUCCUGCUUGAGGAAAUUCUCAACGUCUAUAAGUAUAACAAGGCAGUAUACGCUGACGCUAUGGCUGAUAACAUCGGCGGCUACGUGGAGACGGAAUUCGGGCUCAUCUGCGAGGAUGGCAGCGUCGAAGAGAUCGCCGAGUUUCUAACGGUGCUGGCGGACGAGUGCAAAAAUGCAAAGUACGAUCGCGUGAAGGCCAUGCACGACCAGGUGCAGUCGCUCAUCCCCAUCGACCUCAAGGCUGCCAAGAUCAAGACGCAGGACGACGGCGAACCGGGCGAGCCUGAAGUCGACGACGAUGGCUUCACUACAGUUCGCCGCUCUGGACGGCGAAAGGCGCCCACCAAGUUCUACGACCCAGCAGCUGAGUUCCCCGGAGCGUCAUAA